CUCGGAGGUCCGCGCGGAUUCCUCGGAUCGGCGCUGGGGCCCGCGCGCCAGGGAGGGGUGUCCAACGCCGAUCCGAGAAAUCCGGACCUCCGAGUUUACAUGUUUAUGUGACUUUUUGUUCCCCUCAACCAACGGCCCCAAGAAUCCGCGGGUCCGACGUGCCAAGCGACAGGCGGCAGACUCCGGCCUGCGAGCCGCAGGCCCCGACCCGGACCCGAGGGAAAAAACGGGCCUCUGAUGGCCGCGCUCGGCCGCCUUCGCGGGCGGGCGCGUGCCAGGCGACGACGCUGCAGUGCAGAGAGGAGGAGGAGGAGGAGGAGGAGGAGGAGGAGGAGGAGGAAGCACGCGGCGCAGAGAAGCUCUGCGUCGGGGCGGUGGUUAUGCGCCACUCCGGAGCGCAACGAGGCGCCCUCCCAGAGCGGCAACACGAGUCGAAGAUGUCCCGAGUUACGGCCCAAAAUAUCAAGCACGACAGCCGAAACACUGUCCCAGACUCAGCGUGCAGCCAGGUCCGCGGCAGGAAGGGCUGGCACCCCGCUGGAGGGCGGGAGGGAGAGAGCCACGACGCCGAAGCAACCCAAGAGCAGGUGCCAACAGUGAUGCCAUCUAAGCCGGCGGAGUGCGUAAAGCGAUUCAAUGAAGGUGCCAGUCGCGUUGCACCACGUGCAAUAUGAAACAAAGCCUUAAUAGAUGGUGAAAGCACUGGACCCGCUGGAUGCGCGAGCCUGUGAACCUACGCGCUGUGCUACUGGGCAACACGCUGGACAGAAAGGCGUGAAGAAACGAGAGAGCUGAACGAGAGCAACCGCAGUGACGGGAGACAAGAGGAGAAGGAAAGGAACAAACGAAAACAGAAAUGCAAGGGAGAACGCAAGAUCCGCAACAGAAACCUAUGUGGCUGCUCUUUCUGGCGCCGUGAUGCCACUCUCCUGGCGGGCCCACAAGCAAGGAACAAAAACACACCUCUUACGAAGAUAUCCGCUCGAAUGGUAUCGUAUUCUCGCUGCCCUCCCCACUGCGUACCAGAGCAUACUAGGCGCGCAUGUUGCCCAAUAGCUUAUACUAAACCAUGGUAUAUCUCUCCCUCUCCCUCUCUCUCUCUCUUAUUCUGUGUCCACUGGUGACUGGUCGUGUGUGCUCGGAACACAGCCAUAUUCUUGCCCAACUUCCCGAGAGAUCUGUAGGAGAGGGGGGGAGGGGAGGCAGAGACGCGAUCGCAGCGAAAAGGGCCGUGGUCAGACCUUUCCGAACGCCAGAGCGACCUCGCCUGAAGGUGUCAACAAACAGUGCUGCCAGCAAGGAUCGUCACCUCAGGAGAUCAUGUCUGAAGUCUGGCAACGUGCUGGUCCCGCAGAGCUCGCCCGAGACAAACUAUUACGUAGCGCCCUGGAACUCAUGCACUGGCCUGGGAUAUCGGCGCCACGGGGGAUCUCUGCUGGUGCACUCUCCCUGGGGGCGCAGGCGCUGUGUUAUACUGGGAAGGCGAGAAAGGUCUGGAGAGAAGGGAGGACUGACAGAACGGGGGUAGGCCGGUGUGCGAGAGGGUGUGCACUCGUUCCCUCGUGGAGCAUGCGCUUGACAUGCAAGCAUUGAUGGAGCCGCGGUGUAGCCCCCCUCCAGAGAGGGAGGGGGGGAGGGAGGGAGGGAGAGAAAAAGGGAAGUCAGG